AUGACGGUAGCGAUCAAACAUGCAGCAAAGUCAACCGGUGAAGAUCCUGACCGGUACGGCACUCACUCGAUGCGAAGUGGGGGUGCGACCUCUUUUUUCACGGCCGGGAUUGACCGCUUGGCCAUAAAGAGAUUCGGGCGGUGGAAAUCCGACGCGUACGAGCGGUACACUCGCAUCGACGGGCACACUCUCGCUGGCCUUGCAGCCAACAUG